CACUCUCUCUCUCUCUCUCUUACGUUCAAAGUUUGGUGCUUCUCUAGCUACAAGUCAAAACUGGCAAGCUAGCCAUCGCCCAGCUGCUUCACAUAAAACACAGAAGGAAAAGAAAAAGAAAAAAUCAAAAUCCGAAAAAUAAGGUGAAAAGCACAGUUGAAGCAAUGCCUUCUUGUCCUCUUUCAUAAAGUUGAACACUUUGUGAAUUUUGAUUGCAAAGUUUCAGUCUUUUUCUUCUGGGACUUCAGAAUUCUAGCUCAGCAAGUUCUUUUCCUGCUGGGCUUUUGCUGGGUUUCUUGCUGGGUUUGCAGAUCAUUCUGUUUUCUGAAUUGGGUAAGUUUCUGUUUCUGAGAUUUGUUCUCAAAAACUGGUUCUUUGGUGGAUUGAGAAAAUUGUUUGACUGGGUGGGGGAUUGUGGUGGCUGUGUGCACCCGUUUAUGUGUUGAAGUGGUGGAUUGAGCAAAAUGGGAGGUGGGAGUAGAAGAAGAAGAAGGCAUCAUUUUGGCAGAAUCCAUGCUUUUUCAUGUGGGAAAGCUUCCUUCAAUGGCGAACAUUCACGGAUUGGCGGCCCUGGGUUCUCGAGGGUAGUUUACUGUAAUGACCCUGAGUGCUUGGAGGCCACGCUUCGGAACUACGAGGGCAAUUAUGUCAGAACAACUAAGUAUACACUUGCUACAUUCUUGCCCAAGGCAGUGUUCGAGCAGUUCAGAAGGGUUGCCAAUUUGUACUUCCUCAUUUGUGCAAUUCUAUCUUUUACGCCGCUUUCGCCUUACACCGCCGUUAGCACCGUCCUCCCUCUCGUCGUCGUGAUCGGAGUUACGAUGGGGAAGGAGGCUGUUGAAGAUUGGAGGAGGAAAAAACAGGACAUUGAAAUGAACAACCGAAAAGUUAAGGUGCAUCGUGGUGAGGGCACUUUUGAGCUUACCAAAUGGAGGGAUUUGAAAGUUGGGGAUAUAGUGAAGGUCGAAAAGGACGAGUUUUUUCCUGCUGAUCUUAUCUUACUUUCAUCAAGCUAUGAUGAAGCGCUUUGCUAUGUUGAGACCACCAACCUUGAUGGGGAGACUAAUUUGAAACUAAAACAAGCACUGGAAGGAACUUCUAAUCUGCACGAAGACUCGAGCUUUGAGAAUUUCAAGGCUGUAAUCAGAUGUGAAGACCCAAAUGCAAAUUUGUAUUCAUUUGUUGGCACUAUGGAGAUUGAAGAUCAACCGUACCCUCUUACGCCACAGCAGCUUCUUCUUCGUGACUCCAAGCUGCGAAACACUGAUUUUAUAUAUGGGGUGGUAAUCUUUACAGGUCACGAUACAAAAGUUAUGCAGAAUUCAACAGAUCCUCCUUCUAAGAGAAGCAAAGUUGAGAAGCGGAUGGAUAAAAUUAUCUACUUCUUGUUUUUCCUCUUAGUUCUGAUGUCUUUUGUUGGGGCAAUUGUCUUCGGGGUUAAUACUAGUAAAGACCUGGAUGAUGGGAAAUUGAUCAGAUGGUACCUCAGACCAGAUGAUACCACAGUUUACUAUGAUCCGACAAGGGCACCGCUUGCAGCAGUUUUGCAAUUUUUAACUGCCAUUAUGCUGUAUAGUUAUUUGAUCCCCAUUUCCUUGUAUGUGUCAAUAGAAAUUGUCAAAGUUCUUCAAUGCACUUUCAUAAACCAGGAUGUGCACAUGUACUAUGAGGAAACUGACAAGCCAGCCCGAGCGCUUACUUCAAACUUGAAUGAAGAACUUGGCCAAGUUGAUACUAUACUUUCAGAUAAAACCGGAACAUUAACUUGCAACUCAAUGGAAUUUAUCAAGUGUUCUAUUGCUGGCACUGCUUACGGGCGUGGAGUUACUGAAGUUGAGAGAGCUUUAGCUAGGAGAAAAGGCGAGGAGUUGACAGAAGAAGAGAUCCAUGCUGAAGAAUUGAGUGAAGCCACAUCGAUAAAAGGCUUUAAUUUUAUGGAUGAAAGGAUCAUGAAUGGAAAAUGGGUUAAUGAGCCUCGCGCAGAUGUAAUCCAGAAGUUUCUGCAGUUACUUGCAAUCUGUCAUACUGCAAUACCUGAAGUUGAUGAAGAAACCGGAAUUGUAUCAUAUGAAGCUGAAUCACCAGAUGAGGCCGCUUUUGUGAUUGCAGCAAGAGAGUUUGGGUUUGAAUUUUAUGAAAGGAGUCAAGGAAGCAUCUCAUUGCAUGAGUUAGACCCUAUUUACGGAAGAAAAAUUGAAAGAACUUAUAAACUUUUGAACAUAUUGGAGUUUAGUAGUUCAAGAAAGCGGAUGUCCGUAAUUGUAAGAAAUGAAGAGGGAAGGAUACUACUGCUAUGCAAAGGCGCUGACAGUGUCAUGUUUGAAAGACUUGCAAAUAACGGAAGGGAGUUUGAAGAGAAGACUAGGGAACACAUUAACGAGUAUGCUGAUGCUGGUUUGAGGACUUUGGUACUUGCAUAUCGCGAACUUGACGAAGAAGAAUAUGAUGAGUUCAACAAAGAAUUCACUGAGGCCAAAACGUUGGUGAGUUCAGAUCAGGAGGAAAUUGUCGAGGAAGUUUCAGAGAAGAUCGAGAGGGAUUUGAUUCUUCUCGGUGCUACUGCAGUUGAAGACAAACUUCAAAAUGGGGUUCCCGAAUGCAUUGACAAGCUUGCUCAGGCGGGAAUUAAAAUAUGGGUUUUGACUGGAGAUAAAAUGGAGACAGCGAUUAAUAUUGGAUAUGCGUGCAGUUUGCUUAGACAAGGAAUGAAACGAAUAGUAAUAAGCUCUGAGACUGCAGAAGCUAAAGCAUUAGAGAAGGUGGAGGAUAAGACGGCAGUAACCAAGGCAUUGAAGGAAAGCGUAGUCCAUCAAAUAAGUCAGGGAAAGGCCUUGCUUGCUGCACCAGAAGAGAACUCUGAGGCAUUGGCUUUGAUCAUUGAUGGGAAUUCCCUCGCUUAUGCCUUAGAGAACGAUGUCAAGGACCUCUUUCUAGAGCUUGCCAUCGGCUGCGCAUCUGUUAUAUGCUGUCGUUCAUCUCCCAAGCAGAAAGCACUUGUUACAAGGCUGGUAAAAGAUAAAACUGGCAACACAACUCUGGCCAUUGGUGAUGGGGCAAAUGAUGUUGGAAUGCUUCAAGAAGCAGAUAUCGGAGUUGGUAUCAGUGGUGUUGAAGGAAUGCAGGCAGUCAUGUCAAGCGACAUUGCAAUUGCACAGUUCCGAUUUUUGGAGCGCCUGCUACUUGUACAUGGCCAUUGGUGUUACAGAAGAAUCUCAUCAAUGAUAUGCUAUUUCUUCUACAAGAACAUUGCUUUUGGCUUCACCAUUUUCUUCUAUCAGAUCUAUGCUUCAUUCUCCGGCCAAACUGCGUACAAUGAUUGGUAUCUGUCACUAUACAAUGUCUUCUUCACGUCACUUCCGGUGAUUGCCUUGGGAGUUUUUGACCAAGAUGUCUCGGCCAAGUUAUGUCUCAAGUUCCCGCUAUUGUACCAAGAAGGUACACAAAAUGUCUUAUUUAGCUGGCUCCGGAUACUUGGAUGGGCAAUGAAUGGGGUGGUGACUGCUACCCUAGUCUUCUUCUUCUGCCUUGUGGCAAUGGGCAGUCAAGCCUUUCGUAAAGGCGGGCAAGUGGUUGGCUUGGAAAUCUUUGGUGCGACGAUGUACUCAUGUGUGGUAUGGGUCGUCAACUGUCAGAUGGCGCUGUCCAUCAACUACUUCACUUACAUACAACAUCUCUUCAUCUGGGGUGGCAUUGUGUUAUGGUAUAUAUUCCAGUUGGGAUAUGGAGCCCUUGACCCCGACAUAUCGACCACUGCAUAUAAGGUGUUCAUUGAAGCCUGCGCACCGGCUCCGUUUUAUUGGCUUCUCACACUGUUUGUUUUGAUCUCUUCCCUCCUGCCAUACUUCAUUUACGCAGCCAUCCAAAUGCGGUUUUUCCCAAUGUUUCACCAGAUGAUACAGUGGAUAAGAACAGACGGGCAAUCAGAUGACCCCGAGUUCUGUCAAAUGGUGCGGCAGAGAUCCCUAAGAAGCACAACAGUAGGUUACACAGCCCGCAUCGAAGCAACAUCUAGACGCUUUGGAGAGAAGCUCGAGGUUCAUUAAUCAGCGGCCUUAUUUUCACGUUCCUAUCCAAAGAAUGUACAUUAUACCAGUAAGAAGUUUCUUCUCUUCUACAUAAUGGUUCAAGAGCAUCUUCCCAGAGAUGAGGGUUUGACUCGAACCUGAAGCACUCGUGUCCUUCCAAGUUUUUCGCGUAGGAUAGUUCGGUUUCUCGAAGCUCCAAAGAUCUACGCUUUAAUGUUCAUGUAGAGAAUAGUAUAGUCAAAAUAUUGUAUCAUGUAUGAUGUAUCCGAUGUAUCAUAAACCACAAUGUUCAAUAAAGAAAGGGUUAGCGAAUGUUUGAGAUUGCUUUGGAAAA